CUAGCCAAACGUCUCGAUGGAUCCACUCCUUCAUAAGCCCCCUCUUCUCCCACUCUUCUCCAGACUUGCGCAGAUUGGCCAAAGUGUCCAAACCGGACUGCGGCUCGGCUCAACACGGGGCCACGGGUCGGUGGUUGAACUCCUCACCCGCCGCUUUUGUUCAGUGGAGCAGUGAAAGUCCAAAGCAGCCACCAGACAGCCUCCGGCGCGAGAGCACUCUGCGCUCCAUGUGAAUGUCUGCCGGUUUCCCAGGGCGCCGCGCUGGUGGCGAUGCCACGCCGCGAAGUCACGCCGGCGACGAGGGCAGCGGCGGCGCGGAGGGUCUCUGGCUGAAGAGCUCCACGGGACGCCGGGCGGACGAGCACGCGCCGAAGGAUGUGGAGUCCGGCCGCAGGACGAUGAACAACAACGGGGCGCGGGCCGCGGACGGUCUGCUGUCUCCCGCCGGCGCCGCAGGUGCGGCGGGCGGCGGGGAGCGGAAGCAGGGCGCGCGGCUCAGCCUGCUCGGGAAGCCGCUGAUCUACAGCGCGCAGAGCGGCCGCAGGAACGCGACCUACCGCCGGCUGCAGAACCUCCUCUACAACGUGCUGGAGCGGCCGCGCGAGUGGGCGUUCGUGUACCACGCGUUCGUAUUCAUCCUGGUGUUUGGGUGUCUGGUUCUCUCCGUGUUUUCCACCAUUCCUGCUCACCAGGAAUUCUCUGGACACUGCCUGCUCAUCCUGGUAGAGUUUGUGAUGAUCGUGGUGUUUGGUCUGGAGUACAUCAUCAGGAUCUGGAGCGCCGGCUGCUGCUGCCGCUACCGAGGCUGGCAGGGACGCCUCCGCUUCGCCAGGAAGCCCUUCUGUGUCAUCGACAUCAUCGUGCUCAUCGCCUCGGUGGCGGUGGUCUCGGCCGGCAGCCAGGAGAACAUCUUUGCCACGUCGGCGCUGCGUAGCCUUCGGUUCCUGCAGAUCCUGCGCAUGGUGCGCAUGGACCGCCGGGGGGGCACCUGGAAGCUGCUGGGGUCGGUGGUCUAUGCACACAGCAAGGAGCUGGUGACCGCCUGGUACAUCGGCUUCCUGGUCCUGAUCUUCUCGUCCUUCCUGGUUUAUCUGGUGGAGAAAGAGUUCAACAAGGAGUUCGCCACCUACGCCGACGCCCUGUGGUGGGGAACGAUCACCUUGACGACCAUCGGCUACGGAGACAAGACGCCUCAGACGUGGACGGGCCGCCUGCUGUCGGCCGGCUUCGCCCUGCUGGGCAUCUCCUUCUUCGCUCUGCCGGCGGGCAUCCUCGGGUCGGGGUUCGCCCUGAAGGUGCAGGAGCAGCACCGCCAGAAGCACUUUGAGAAGAGGAGGAACCCGGCCGCCAGCCUCAUCCAGUGCGUCUGGCGUAGUUACGCCGCCGAUGAGAACUCGGUUUCCAUCGCUACCUGGAAGCCUCACCUGAAGGCGCUGCACACCUGCAGCCCCGCCAAGAAGGAGCAAGGAGAGACAACUUACAGCCAGAAGUUGAGUUUCAAGGAGCGGGUCCGGAUGGCGAGCCCCCGCGGUCAGAGCAUGAAGAGCCGCCAGACGUCCGUCAACGACCGCCAGCGCUCCUCCCCCGGCAACGAGGUGGCGGCGGGCGGCGGCGGCGAGCUGAUGGGCGGCAGCCCGGCCAAAGUCCAGAAGAGCUGGAGCUUCAACGACCGGACCCGGUUCAGGCCGUCGCUGAGGCUCAAGAGCCAGACCCGCACCGCGGUGCCGGACGCGGACGCCGGCGCGGAGGAAUCCUACGACGACAGAGGCUGCCACUGUGACGUCACGGUGGAGGACCUGUCGGCGCCGCUCAAGGCCGUCAUCAGAGCCGUCAGGAUCAUGAAGUUCCACGUGGCGAAGAAGAAGUUCAAGGAGACCCUGCGCCCGUACGACGUGAAGGACGUCAUCGAGCAGUACUCGGCAGGACACCUGGACAUGCUGUGUCGCAUCAAGAGCCUGCAGAGCAGGGUGGAUCAGAUCCUGGGUAAAGGCCAGAUCCCCGUGGAUAAGAAGAGGGAUAAGCUGCACCCGGACGGAGACUCUCUGGAGGGCGUGAGCAUGCUGGGCCGGGUGUGUAAGGUGGAGCGACAGGUGACGUCCAUUGAGUCAAAGUUGGACUCCUUGCUGGACAUUUACCGCCAGGUGCUCCAGAAAGGCCCGGCGGCGCUCACCCUGUCCUCGCUGCCCCUGUUUGAGCUGGACAACCACCAGCACCGCCGCCCCGACUACCAGACCACCAGGGACCCCCCCUCGCCCCGGGGAGGGGACCCGGCGGGGGACGGCGGAGGCGGUGGGGGCGUCCGCCGCUCUCUGAGCGCCAACCACCGGGGCCUGCGCCUCGUCCUGGCGCCCGACGACGACGACGAGGACUGCCCCACCCCGGACUCCGCUCCUCCGUCCUACCCCCCGUCCACGGCCUCGCUGUCCCCGUCCCCCCUGCUGCCCCCCGACAGCCCCUGCCCGACCUCGGUGACCCCCGACGGUACCUCCAGAAGGGCGCACUUCCCCGACCCGUCAACGGGGGGCUUCACCCUGCGGCUGCCCCCCCCGGUGCACCCCUCCCACCUGCGGUGCUCCGCCGAGUCCGUCGCGGAUGACACGAAGGACGAGGGGAGCCCGGGCCCCUCCGCGGUCGUGGGCUCCGGUCCGGACGCCGGACAGGAAGGGGACGCCCAGAGAGGGGCGGCGCUGCGGGUCAAGACCGGCUCGUUCUCCGAGGGGGUCUGGAGGAGGCACCUGGGCCUGGAGGUCCACCCCCUGCUGCUGCUCUCCCCCAGCCCGGACGAGACGCCUUCGGACUGGGGAGGCGGCCUCGGGGGGGAGGGCCUCUCCGUGCGCGGCCUCGGCCGGCCUUCGACCAAUCACGCCGCCGCCGGUAACGCCCACGGUGACCUCAACAGCUGGGACGGGACAGAACUCUUCAUCAGCGAGUGCAAGCUGGACCCGGAGGGGGAACAUUUCCACUUCCUGUCCCAGGGGCCCGACGGCGGGCCCUCGGACCUCUUACACACUGCGGGGGAGUCGGCUCCUCCUCACCCCAAGGCCAGCGCAGACUUCCUCAGUCAGCCGCCACACAUCCAGCUGGCAUAACCACACACACACACACACACGAUUGUGUCCACUUUUCAGUGAAGUGAAAGUGGCCGUUUUCACAUGAGACAGAAUACGCAAAAAUACACGAAUGCAAAAAACAAACAAAAAUCUUUAGGAUGAAUUUCUUUGAUUUUUAUCUAAAGAUUAUUUAGAGACGUUUAAAAUAGAAAGGAUCAUCUUAGACUUCGCUUAUGAAUCUAAUUAUAAGGUUCAGCCCCCAAAAAACAAGUUAUUUUUUCAAAUAGUUUGGUCCAACAUAAUAAACUUAAACCUAAAACCAAAGAACAAGAGAGGAGCUCAAGUUCAGCAACUCGUUUCUUCACAUGCAGAGACACACACACACACACACACACACACACUCUUUUUUCUCUUGGUCGAUGUACACAAAUGUCCUCCUCUACUUUCUACACAUUUCCCUGCAUGGACACACGAGAGGGAGGAGAACACCGCUGUGAGGGGAAGAGAUGGAGUACAUAAAUAAAUAGAGGUCAAGGUCAAAACCCUCAGACAACGAGCUCUAGUUAUGUUCUACAACCAAGAGAAGAACUAUCACGUGGUCUCAUGGUCACGUGGUCACAUGGUAUUGUGAUCUCUCUCCAUAUAUAUAUAUAUAUAUAUGGUUGACACUAAGAGCUGUUUAUUUUAACUUUUUACUCCCCGAUAUAUAUGUAUGUAUGUAUGUAUAUAAUCAGGGAGUAAAAUAAACACCUCUGAGAAUUUAUAUAUAUAUAUAUAUUAUGUAUAUAUAUAUACAUGUAUAUAUAUAUAUGUGUCUAUAUUAUGUAUAUAUAUGUGUGUAUAUAUAUACACACAUAUAUAUCAGGGAGUGAAAAGUUCAAAUAAACACCUCUCAGCGUGAACCACCAGGUGGCGCCAGUGAAGUCCCUGAGGGUUCUGGGUUCACGGCCUCCAACACCUUCAACGAAAAGAGACACGAAUAAAGUCCGACUUGUAAUUUUGAGAUAGUCCAUUCUGCUGCUGACGAUGUCGAAACAUUUUAUAUAUUAUUACAAGAGUAGAGAGAGAGAGGGAGGGAGGGAGGGGCGAACAAGACCAGCCAGAGGAUGCAGAGCAUGGCGUCUUUAAACUCUUCUGCCGACCCCCCCAAAAUAAAGAUGUCCAUCUUUAAUGGACCUGCAGUGUGCAUCCUCUCCCUCCUCGACACAUCAAUUAUAACGACCAUAUUUAACCAUUUAGGUUUUUUAUAAUUAGCUUCUCUUUUUUUUGCACACAUUUAUAUUUUGGUGCAUUUAGUCCAUAUUCAGAUUGUGAGUUAUGGAUAACUGUCCUAACACUACAUGCUGCUGCUUGACUGCUCUCCAGGGAGAGUUAUGCACAGAACGUCGUCUGCCUUGGUUUUUGCAUGCUUACGUCUUAAGGGGCAACGACGUCACAGCGGUCUUAAAAAUGCAUUUUUAAUACGUCAAUGACGACCUUUCAUUCAUUUUUAAUUUGCAAAUUAAUAUCCUGUUAGUAUUAUCUACUAUGACGAUGUUGUUAACACUUCUAGAUUUAUUUUUAAAAAUAUUCUACAGCCCACGCAGACGUCGUGCUGUUACGACGAAAGCACAGUUGUUGUUGUUGUUGUUUUUGGUGCGUUUAAAGGAGCCUGAAAAUGUGACAUGUAUUUUAACGUGUAAUGUUGCAAUAGAUUUUUCGUAGUAACUGAUUGAGCUUUGCUACUUAAAAGAGAAAAGGCCAACCAAAGCCCGUGGACUCAGCCGGUCGGGGAACCUCGUUAAACAUGAUACUUUCUGCAAUCUGUAAAUUGCUUAAGGGUGCCUUUCUUGCAUAUGAAUUUAAUUUUGUUUUUUUCUUCACAGGGCUAUAUCUGUCCUGUUUGCCUAGAGCAUACAGCAUCCUGUAUAGUUGAAGUCAAACUGCUCGUUGUGGGCGGGGCAUCCAGUUCACUUAAGUCAUGUAACUUUAAAUACCUUUCAUGGCUAUUAAGUAUUAAUACCAUUUGUCUACUGCUUGAACAGUAAUUUAUUACACAACUGGGCCUUAAAUCUUGACAAUGUUAACAUUAUUAUUUCUUCGAAAUUAAUUUAUUAAAGUGCACAUUAUGUUCUCUGGAUGAGAAAUGCAAAAAUAAUUUUAGUAUUCAUUAAUAAAGUACAAAUUAACUGAACUGA